UAUUAUUGGUUUCACAAAUGUCAACAUAACAUACUCAACAAAACUGGUCUGUUUUAAUAAUCCACCUAUUUUUAUACUCCCUAUAAACCUUCUGUUAGGUGACAGUGUACUUUUUGGUAUCUUUUUGGUCUUUUGCAGGGACAAAAGAUGAAGACGCCUAAAGAAGUCGUCUUGGGAAUUUUACAAGACAUGGGAGCUGAGGACUUUGAUGAAUUUAAGUGCCACCUGCAGGGAGUCCUCAACGACUUCCCAGCAAUCCCAAAGUGUAAACUGGAGAACGCCAACAGGCUGAACACCGUGGAUAUGAUGUUCCAGACCUACUGUGUCAAUACAGUUGAUGUGACCAGAACAGUUUUAGUGAAUAUCAAUCAAAAUGAGCUAGUGAAGACGUUGUUAAACAUGCCAAAAGCUGCAGCGAUUCUUGCUGCGUGCCAGGGAAAGGUUAAAUCCAACUUCAAUGAGACAUUCCAGCGUGUGUCUGAGGGGAUUGCUAAAACAAGAAACAAAACCCCUCUAAACCAGAUGUUCACAGAGAUUAACAUCACAGAGGAAGGGUUCCAUGAGGAACAUGAGGUCAGACAGACUGAAACAGCAUCCAGGAAACCAGAAACACCAGAACCAUCAAUCAGACAAGAAGACAUCUUUAAAAACCCACCUGGAAGAGAUGUACCAAUCAGAGUAGUGAUGACAAUGGGAGUGGCUGGCAUCGGGAAAACAGUCUUAACACAGAAGUUCACUCUGGACUGGGCUGAAGGCAAAGCCAACCAGGACAUCCAGUUCACAUUCCCACUCACCUUUAGAGAGCUGAAUGUGCUGAAAGACAGAAAGUUCAGCUUGGUGGAACUUGUCCAUCACUUCUACAGUGAAAUCAGAAUAGCAGGAAUCUGCAGGUUUGACGAGUUCCUGGUGGUCUUCAUCUUUGACGGUCUUGAUGAGUGUCGACUUCCUCUGGACUUCCUCAACACUGAGAUCCUGACUGAUAUUAAUGAGUCCACCUCAGUGGGUGUGCUGCUGACAAACCUCAUCAGGGGGAAUCUGCUUCCCUCUGCUCGCGUCUGGAUAACCACCCGACCUGCAGCAGCCAAUCAGAUCCCUCCUGAGUAUGUUGACAUGGUGACAGAGGUCAGAGGGUUCACUGACGCCCAGAAGGAGGAGUACUUCAGGAAGAGAUUCAGAGAUGAGGAGCAGGCCAGCAGAAUCAUCUCCCACAUCAAGAGAUCCCGAAGCCUCUACAUCAUGUGUCACAUCCCAGUCUUCUGCUGGAUCACUGCUACCGUUCUGGAGGAAGUGGUGAAGGCCACAGAGGGAAGAGAUCUGGCCAAGACUCUGACUGAGAUGUACAUCCACUUCCUGAUGGUUCAGUCCGAAGUGAAGAAGCUCAAGUAUGAUGAAGGAGCUAAGACAUAUUCACACUGGAGUCCAGAGAGCAAGGAGACAAUAGAGUCACUGGGAAAACUGGCUUUUGAGCAGCUGCAGAAAGGCAACCUGAUCUUCCUUAAAUCAGACCUGAAGGAAUGUGGAAUCGAUAUCAAAGCAGCCUCAGUGUACUCAGGAGUGUUCACACAGAUCUUUAAAGAGGAGAGUAGCCAAGUGUUCUGCUUCGUCCAUCUGAGUGUUCAGGAGUUUCUGGCUGCUCUUCAUGUCCAUCGGACCUUCACCAACUCUGGAGUCAACCUGGUGGCAGAAGACCAAACAACCCCCCGGCUGCCUAAGGUCUCCAGAGAAAAACCUAAACUAAAACAUCUCCACCAGAGUGCUGUGGACCAGGCCUUACAGAGUCCAAAUGGACACCUGGACUUGUUCCUCCGCUUCCUCCUGGGUCUUUCUCUAGAGUCCAAUCAGAAACACCUACAAGGUCUGCUGACACCGACAGGAAGUAGCUCAGAGACAAAUAAGAAAACAGUGAAGUACAUCAAGAAGAAGAUUAAGAAGAAUCUGGUCAGCUGCAGCGUUCUGCUCUACAACACAACCAAAUGA